AUGUUUCAGGCAAUUCUUGCUCCCAUCGAUCCUCCGGCCGUCCCUGCCGACUCCGACGCGUCGAGCAGCAGCAGCGACGAUUCGGAUGCGUCCGAUCCCUUUGCGAAUUUCGACGAGGAGGGUAAAGCUGAGAAGGAUAAUGGAGAUGAGAAGAUAGGUGAGGAAGAAGGUGGGGAGGAGGAUGAACGAGCUAGGGGUUUACCGGCGCCUCAUGCGCGGCUAGGCUUCGGUCCAGUCAUAGUCAAUAACGUACUCGCUGGCUCUCUUCGCUAUUCUUCCACGCCUGCCACCUCGGCUGCAUCGCGGCAGCGUUCGAGCCCUCUUCCCAUCUUCUCCGUUCCGCCGUGCGGCUUGCCGCAACUGUUGUCCGGUCACGGCGCGCCUUCGGAUGCCUGA